GGAGGACAGGUUCACAGACGCGGGGAUAGCGGGAAAUGUCUAGUGUUCCAAACAAAAACCCUGACUAUACGCAUUUCGUGGACCUGGCUCAGAAAAUGCCACUUGCAGUGCAGAGAUUUUGACCGUAUUCCAGAGAGAUGCGGUAUUUGCUUAUCAUUCAUUGGAGGACAAGUAUAGGUAGGCUAUUUCCUCUUUUUUAGGCGCACUGGGCAAAUGACUGAGGAUCAAUGUGGGCACAAUUGGACAUGGAUAUCUCGUUUCCGCAUUCCCACGGCCAACAGUACUGUGUCCCUGAUUCAUCUCAACACAAAACCGGUUUCUCCUGAUUAUCAACCUAAUUAUCGCUGAUGCCGCACUAUGUUUGCUGUGAAGGAGAGAAGGGGCAGCUCGAAGACGUCUCGAAACUGUAUAUGCCUCUGGCUUUCCUAUUAACACAUCUAUUUUCGCGUCGUAUUGUCGCGGUUCCCUAAAAAAAAAACUGGAUACCUCGGCGUUGCGACUGGCUUGGGAUGGAGGUUUGUUGUCGUGGUUGCAUGCCAUGCUGUAGUCGACUAUGGAACUGGAUAUGGCCCGAAUUCCAUUACCCAAAUAUGACCCGACCAGCCGAAAUCCCCACUAUUUCAGGUGAUAUCCGUGCCCCGUCCCCCAAGAAGAAACCGACUCAGCUCUAUGCGGCUCUGUUUGAUUUCGAAGCCAGGAGCGAGGAGGAGCUGACUAUCAAGGAAGGUGACAAGCUGUCGGUAAUAGAAAAGAGGGGGGAUUAUGUGCUUGCCAAAAAACUUACCGGUUCGAUGGAGUCCGGACUGGUCCCGGCUACAUAUGUGGCCAUUCUACAGGACGAGUUCGCUAAUCACAAGUGGUAUUAUGGGAACAUCAACCGGCUGAAGGCGGAGAAACUGCUCCUAGCCUCUCAGAAUAAGGAUGGCUCGUUCCUGGUGCGCAUCAGCGAGAGCCACAGUGAUGAAUACACCAUCUCAGCCAGAAACGAUGGGAAAGUGUUCCAUUUCCGAAUUCAGCGUUCAUUGAUCGGGGCGUACUUUGUGUCAGUCAAGAUUUCCUUCGCCACUCUGGGGGAGCUGAUCCAAUACUACCAGAAAAACUCCAGGAGUCUAGGAGUGCCUCUGGGUGAGCCAUGUGCACAGCAGAGGGAGCUGAUUGACAUGGAGCCCUGGGAGCAUCCUCGGGAGGAGUUUAAACUUCAAAGGAAGCUGGGGGAGGGCCACUUUGGAGAGGUGUGGGAGGCCCUGUGGAUCAACCAGAAAAAGAAGGUGGCCAUCAAGAUGCUCAAACAAGAGGACACUAAGCAGGAUGAGUUUGUGAAGGAGGUGCAGGCACUUAAGAACCUCCACCACCCCAAGCUGAUCCAGCUGCUGGCCCUGUGUUCCAGGGGAGAGCCCGUGUACAUCGUCACUGAGCUCAUGACCAAGGGCAAUCUCAAGUCCUACCUGGGCACGACGGAGGGUCAUGUGCUGACCUCUGCCCACCUCAUCUACAUGGGCAGCCAGGUGGGUGAGGGCAUGGCCUACCUGGAGGACCGACACAUUGUGCAUAGGGACCUGGCGGCCAGGAACAUCCUGGUGGGAGAUGACCUGGUCUGUAAGGUGGCUGACUUUGGACUGGCACGGAUCAUUAAGGACAGUGUGUACACUGCCAGCAGAAGCACUAAGAUCCCAGUGAGAUGGACUGCCCCUGAGGCUGCUCUCUACCAGCGUUUCUCUGUCAAGUCUGACGUCUGGUCCUUCGGUGUGCUGCUCUAUGAGAUGAUGUCACGAGGAAAGAUGCCAUACGAUGGAAAGAGCAAUAAGGAGGUGCUGGAGCUCCUGUCGACAGGCUACAGGUUGUCCUGUCCAAGUAGGUGUCCCCCCAACAUCUAUCGCAUUAUGGUGGAGUGCUGGAACCCAGAGGCCUCCAAGCGGCCCUCCUUCCAUGCCCUGCACAGCCAUCUAGACACCAUGUACUCCCGCAUCUACUUCAAGACCAUCGAGGUCUAGAUCUGGAGGAGGAGUAGGAGGCCAAGGGGUGACUGCACUGACAUAGACACUCAGACCAAUGCAAAGCAGAGGGACUGGACUGCAAGACAUUAUCUAACAUGGUGAUCCUUUUUUUAACACAUUUUAGUCUGUUUUUAGCCAGUUGUCUUGGUUUUGUAAUUUGUUUUUAUUUGAGGUUAUGUGCAAUAAAUAGUCCUUCCUGGGGAAAGGGAGGAAGGAGAUAAGGAAAGGAGGGCAAGAAAAGUGGAGCCACUGUUACAGCCCACCAAGGCCCUAUGCUACAGUUUGCCCCACUGCGCACAGGCUAAAUGGCCAGUCAUACAGAAAGUGCCAAUAUGUUUACACACUACAAAGACUUAUCUCAUAGAGACAGCUCAUACAGUCCACAGUGAUGGAGGACAUGGCCAUUGAGACUGGAGAGUGAGCCAUAAAGGACAUCUUUUGGAAUUUCUACCAAUGGAAGAUUUUCUUUUGAACUGAUACAAUUUUGAACAGUCAAUGCAUGAUAUUGAGGAGAUAUACUAAUACAGUUUGGGAUAUAUGAGCCAUAUCAUAAACUUCCUUUAUUCUACUUUGAUUAAGUCUCUUCCAUAUCUUGACUAUGCCAUUGGGUAUUGAACAACCAAAAUGAUGAUAAUAAAAUAUUUUCUAGAUAACA